AUGUCAGGAGACCCCCGUCACGUUCCCUUGCCAUCUGUUGCUCUCGCAGAGCUGACCAAUCUCAAGGAUCGCUUCUCCAAGGCAAUACGACACGCAUCUAUCAUGAGCGCCCAAAAGACUUUCACGUCUAUUCCUCUCCACGCAGCUCACCCCUUUAAAACAAAGGCAGAUGGCUCCAAGGAGUCAUGCCUGGAGGAUCUCUGCAUCUACUCUUACACGCCGGCUCUCGUCAGAUCUAGGCAGAUGAAGAAGAAGCGCGUCACACCGUCCUUCGUGGCAAUCGGACAGGGUAAAGUGAGUGCAAAGAAAGGCAAGGAACUCUUGACUGUUGACAGCGAGCUCGAGCUUGUCCAUAAGCUCGUCCCUGCGACGGUCAAUCGGACUACUAUUUCUGGCGACGCUACCACACGAGCAGGUGCACUCGAAGCUUUGUAG